AGACAGGGAACAUACCUUAUCCAGUUCCAGUUGCAUGGCCCAAGAGGGUAACUGGGCAUGUGCCUCCUCGAUCUGCCUGUCUCCCCCUCCGAACGUGGUUGCAUGCAAGGGAGUCCGUCAAGGCUGGCUUUUGGUCGGUCUGAUGAUAUCAUCCGGUCGAGCCCUCGUUCGCAUUCUACUCCGUACAUGGUUCCAGGGCUGAUCACGGAACCUCCG